AAACUAAUCCCAUUACAUUGCAGUUGUAUCAGCAGACUGCAACUGCGGAUGUUGUAAUUCAUUUUAUUUUUAAUACAUUUAAAAAAAAAAUCAAUUAUGGCUAGGGUAUUAAUUUUAUUGUCUGUGAUUUUGUUCAGUGUCUAUAUGACAGAACAAGCUUACUUUUUGGAAAAAGAUUACAUCAACAAAAUCAAUGAACAAGCAACAACAUGGAAGGCCGGUGUUAAUUUCGAUCCAAAAACACCAAAGGAACACAUCUUAAAACUUUUGGGAUCCAAAGGAGUACAAAUUCCAAGCAAAGUUAACUACAAAAUGUACAAAUCAGAAGACGAAAACUACGAUAACUUAUUGGGCAGAAUCCCGAGAAAAUUCGAUGCAAGGAAAAAAUGGAGGAAUUGUAAAACUAUCGGAGCAAUCCGAGAUCAAGGAAAUUGCGGAUCGUGUUGGGCAUUAGCAACAAGUUCAGCAUUUGCUGACCGUUUAUGUGUAGCUUCAAAUGGAAAUUUUAAUCAACUUUUAUCCGCAGAAGAGUUAACUUUCUGUUGUCAUAAGUGUGGUUUUGGAUGUAACGGAGGUUACCCAAUAAAGGCUUGGGAACGUUUUAUGAAACACGGUUUGGUUACCGGAGGAGAUUAUAAAUCAGGAGAGGGUUGUGAACCAUACAGAGUACCACCUUGCCCCUACGACGAAUUAGGAAACAAUACUUGCGCUGGUAAACCGAGGGAACAAAAUCAUAGAUGCACAAGGAUAUGUUACGGAGAUCAAGACCUCGAUUAUGACGAGGAUCACAGAUACACAAGAGAUUCGUAUUACCUUACAUACGGCAGUAUCCAAAAGGACGUUUUAACUUAUGGUCCCAUUGAAGCAUCUUUUGAUGUUUAUGACGAUUUUCCCAGUUACAAGUCCGGGGUCUACAUUCGAUCGGAAAACGCUUCAUAUUUAGGAGGACAUGCCGCGAAAUUGAUUGGAUGGGGUGAAGAAUACGGAGUACCAUAUUGGCUUAUGGUUAACUCGUGGAACGCAGAUUGGGGUGACAAUGGUCUUUUCAAAAUCCAACGAGGUACAAACGAAUGUGGAAUCGACAAUUCGACUACUGGUGGUGUACCAGUAACUAAUUAAGUGUAACAUAAAUGAUAAAUUAAAAAAAAAAAAUGAUUUAAUGUUUAAAUAAAACUAGUUUUUGUUUA